AUGACUGCCACUGAUAUCGCAAGGAUUAUACUGGUUGUGCAGUUUUUAAUUCUUGGAUUGUAUAGCGUUGCUUCAGAAGAACCGCUGUUUUUUAAUUCUUCCCUGAAUUCUAACGACAUAAAAAUUUGUAGAGAUAAUAAAUGGCAACUAUAUCAAAAUGGCUCAGAUGGACCUAUCCAAUUCGUUACAGCCGAUGUGAAACAACGUAUCCUUUACUGGGUCACACCGAACGGGUUUUUCUCACUCGAUGUAGACGACAACAAGACUAGUGUGAAUCUGUCGGAGAAAUUUAAAAACGGAUUAGUGUUCCAAGUAUUAUUUCAGCGUGCUGUGGCUCUGUAUAGAUUAGGUAUCAUGGUCUUCAGAGUUCACGAUGGUCAGAUAAUAUUUGCUGAAAAGAAUUGGGGUUUAAUGAAAUUUGAUUUAAAGACCAACAGACAACUCUUUCGUUUAAAAGAUGUAAAAGUAACUGAAUUUUACCCUUCAAAUUCAAUUCUAAGUAUUGAUUAUUAUGGUAACGAAGCCAGUUGUUCAACUGGUCUACAAGAAAAAUUUCCGCUCCUGUAUCAUAAAGCUAUCGAUCAAAGAUCAUAUAUAAGGACGGUGUUCUGCGACAUAAUCAAAGCCUUUAAUAGUGUUUGUUUGUAUUGGUCCGGCCCAAGAUAUAACCAAAUAAGCAGAUAUCUAAUAAACUCUAAUAUAAAUCAGAUUGUUGUUCAAGAUCUUCCUGAAGACUGGGCUCCGCUGAAUGUACAACUAGGAAAGGUUUAUUGGACCAGUGUCGGCAAUAUGGAUUUUAGAACCAAUUUUAACCUACAGAACAGACAAUCGUUGAUAAAAUUUGCAAGUUAUGUUUUAUUUCAUGGAACAAUGUAUUAUUACUAUCACAGAAACAUUACGUCACAGUUGUCGAAAAUAGUUUAUCCUUUGAAACCCUACUUUUGUCCUUGUCCUGACAAAACUUUCAGCAAAUUGGUCGUCUUGCCUGGAUCUGUUUAUGAAGAAGCUGUUGUAGUAGAUGAUGUAGUAGAAGAUGUAUUAGAAGAUGCUGACAUAGAAGAUGCUGUUGAAACUGGUAUCUGGUCAACAUCGGGAUUAGGGAACAUUGCUCUAGAUUUUGGUGUAGAUUUUUGUGUAGAUUAUAAAGUUACUCAAGGAUCUGGAUCUAUAUUUCUUGGAUGUAACCGAAUAUGGUCAUUAGACAUUGCCAAACAGCAACAAGAAGGUUUAUUAUAA